GUCAAGUCCUAAAUACAGAUUAAAAAUGGCCGGAAACUCACAAUUUGAGGGUGUCAUAGACACGCAUAUUCAAGCCCCCCCUCCCGUAAGGGUAGCAUCACAGCCGGACCUAACGAAAUAUGAAGACAAGCAAGAUACUAUACAAACCAACACUCGGCCGCCCAUCCCUGGCAUAAUCGUUGCAGAGCCCUCAAAGCCGCCAAAUAUGGCAGCAAGAGAUGAUAAACCGCCUCAAGUCAUCCAGGGGCAGGAUCCGCCAAUGGUAACGCCUUUGGACAGGCUCGAUAAAUACCCUCAGUGGAUCGACUGUCCUGCUUGUAAACGGCGGACCAGGACGAAUGUCACGGAGGAGGGAGGUGGAAUGCAAAUAGUAGUAGGAGCCUUGUUGUGUUGCGUCUGCCCAUGUCUCGCUUGUCUACCAUAUAAAAAUAUAAAAUCUCUUAUGUUUUACUUUCCGAUCAUUAUAAUAGCUUAUGUACAUUUUAUCAUAUUUAAAAUCUAAUGUUUUAAUAGUAAAACAGUAAAGUGUAUUUUUA